AUGUCGUCAGGGCAGUAUGUGUCGGCCGUAUUGCGCCCUGCAAAGCGCAGAGCUGGCUCCCAGAAAGAUGAAGAGUCCGGCUUGCCGAUGAGUGCUGGGAGAGCCAAAGCCUGUACCGCCUGCAGGCAAGUCAAGUUGAAGUGCGAUUCGGCCGAAACCUUUCCAGCUUCUUGUUCUCGAUGUACGAGCAAGGGGCUAGGCUGCAGGAUGGACAUCAACUUCAAACGAGUUCCCACAAGGCACAAGCUUGAGGAAGUCACCUCUGAAUUGACUAGCCUGAAGGAGGCCUUCAAAUCCCAAUCGACUCCACGAAAUCCCAACCCCAACCAAGUUGGUGGGAGUUUUCCAAGUUCGCAUUCACCAGAAGCAGGCCUGUUGGGCUUGGAAGCCACACGAUCAACUUCCGUUGAUGUUCAGGUACCCACUUUCUUCAGAAUCGAGGUCUUUGAGCAGAGCGCGUUUGAGAUAGGCGAACAAGUUCUGGGAGACAUCCGUUUGAGUGGAAUGGCUAUUGUCCAAUUAUUUGAGCAUUUCCGCCAACACUACUAUCGGCACGGGGUUGUCCUGGAUACAUCCCCAUCGUUGCUUGAACUCCGAAAAGAAUCUCCCAUUCUAUUCUGGGCGAUUAUCAUUACGUCCAGUAGAUACCAUCCACAAUAUUCAUCUUUAUACCGAGCAUUGACUCAGGCAUACGAGCCACUCCUCGGGUCAUGUCUCAUGAAGGCUAUCCUCAGCUUAUCUACCAUGCACGCCAUCCUGAUUUUCGCUACAUGGCCAGUCCCGGUUCAAUCACAACCUCAAGAUCCAACUUGGAACUAUUGUGGAUUGAUUACCAACGCCGCUAGACUUCUAGGGUUGCACGAGCCGGGCAGGGAGAAAGAAUACGGCUUUCCCAGAGCGACACCAAGAGAAGUGGAGCUUCGAUCAAAGACUUGGCUCCAAAUAUUCCACCGCAACAUUACUUAUAGCUCUCGCAUAGGUGUGCCUCCAGCGCUUGCUGACGAGCCUACCUUACGCGGGGUUGUUGAGAUAGCGUCGGAAUUCAUAAUACAAGACCAUUUCCGUAUCCAGCUGGAGAUACUUCGACAAUAUGCCAAAUUCACGCAAGCCCUGCAACUUCAACCGGAUGACGCCGUUCGAGAUUCGCUUGUCAUGAUGGCGUCUGGCGAGCUUCAAACCCUUCGUAACACAAGCGCUGGCAAAUGGACAGCGGACACGGAGUUGCAAUUCCUGGGAGCAAAGUUGUUCCUCCUCGGCUGGUCAUUCCAGGGCCACCUACACGACAACGAGCUCUCCAUACCGGUUCCAAGAACAGCCCCAAAGCCGAACGUCACGCAGAAGCUUAUUUUCCAUGAAGCAUUGAGCUCCGCUACCAAUUACAUACACGCGUUCAGUGAACUUCAGAGUCUGAAAACCCCCAUGCAACCAUCUCCAGGCUCGAGAGCUGACAUGCAGCGUUCAACAUCCAUCAAUGACGACAUCCCAUCCCAGGUUUACUUUCCAAAAUACUACUUCUUCACCCUCUACUACGCAGCCCUGACCCUCUACCACUUCCUCGCUACCCUCCCUACCGCCUCGAUCCCUGAUCAAGACCUCGCCCGCAACCACAUCCGCCUCGCACACACCGUACUCAUGCGCUGUGCCCUUGGCGCCGAGAGCGAAUGGAUGCGCCUGGCGCAGAAUAUUGAAAUUGUGGGACAAUUCAUGAACUCGGGACGUCGACUACCGCCCGAGGCCCAGAUAAAGAGCCGGCUUGGCGCGCCGCUGUUCUACGAUGGCAUGCUCAAGAUCGCCGUGCUCAAAAGUGAAAAAGGUAGCAGGUCAUGGGCUAGCGAUUUGAGUCAGCCUCCACCGCAUGAAGGACAAGAAACAAAGGCGAAGGAGCAGGAGAUAGGUGGGCAUGAUGAACGCGGUAUGCACGAUGCUCCAGCGUCCUCCGCGGUCACUGCAGGGUAUGGACGAAUGGAUCCAGGGUCGGGUUCGCAGGGGCAGUUCAUACCGCAUGAGUGGGAUGAUACGCUCUGGGGAUGGGACUUGGCGAUGUUGGAUGCGGCAGAUUGGCAACUGGAUUGGAAUGGAUUGGAAACUUGGCAGCCUUGA